UUUUAAUUUUUAAAUCUCACAAAACUAAAAAAAAACCAUAAAUAUCUAGCCCUAAGAUAAAAAUCACUAGGGAGAGAGAGAUACGUGCAUCAGCUUCGAUCCAAUCAUCUGAAAGUCUCUGAGUACUCCCAACGAACGGUAUCUGUGCAAUCAAUCAUCUCUGUUCCUCUCUCUCCGCUGCAUAUAUCAAUCCUCACCCUCGCUUUAUCGACACAGGGAGUGUUCUCUACUCUCUCUCUCUUGGAAGCUCUCCGUCUGCUUCAAUUUAAUCGUUAAUUUUGGUUUCUUAGGCUCUGGCUGAUUCAAUCGGGAUUUAGGUCAUAGGACUAUUUCAAGUUUCUUGGCAUCAUGGCUCAUUCUCUGGUCCAAUCAACGAACCUCUCACCUGUAAGUAGUGGCGAGAACAGUUGCCAACUUAGAAGAUCUGGGAAACCCAAGAAUGCUGUCACUAUGAUGUGUGGUGCACAGUCAUCCCAACUUAGAUUGCGAGAUUUCUCUGGGUUGCGGAAAUCUAAUGCACUGGAUAUUUCCAUAAAAUUUGAUUUCCAUUCCAAGGUGGCAGCUGCUACAUCUGUUCGUCGGGGGAAAGCCAGUCGAGGUGUAGCUGUAGCGAUGUUUGAACGCUUUACAGAGAAGGCUAUCAAAGUUAUUAUGCUCGCACAAGAGGAAGCAAGACGCCUUGGACACAAUUUUGUUGGUACGGAACAAAUUCUGCUGGGUCUUAUUGGUGAAGGCACGGGUAUUGCUGCAAAGGUUCUUAAAUCCAUGGGAAUCAAUCUUAAAGAUGCCCGUGUGGAAGUGGAGAAAAUUAUUGGCAGGGGCAGUGGAUUUGUUGCUGUGGAGAUACCAUUCACUCCUCGUGCAAAGCGUGUCUUAGAAUUAUCACUAGAAGAAGCUCGUCAACUUGGUCAUAAUUAUAUUGGAUCAGAGCACUUGCUUCUGGGGUUGCUUCGUGAAGGUGAAGGUGUAGCGGCUCGUGUACUUGAGAAUUUAGGUGCUGACCCCAGUAAUAUUCGUACGCAGGUUAUCCGUAUGGUGGGCGAGAGCACUGAAGCUGUUGGUGCUGGUGUUGGAGGGAGAACCAGUGAUAAUAAGAUGCCAACACUUGAGGAGUAUGGCACUAAUUUGACAAAGCUUGCAGAGGAGGGCAAAUUGGAUCCUGUUGUUGGAAGGCAGGAUCAAAUACAACGUGUUAUUCAAAUUUUGGGUCGGCGAACAAAAAACAACCCCUGCCUCAUUGGAGAACCUGGUGUUGGGAAAACAGCCAUUGCAGAAGGCCUUGCUCAAAAGAUUUCUGUUGGUGAUGUUCCUGAAACAAUUGAGGGGAAGAAGGUUAUUACUCUAGAUAUGGGGUUGCUUGUUGCGGGCACAAAGUAUCGGGGAGAAUUUGAGGAAAGACUGAAGAAACUUAUGGAUGAAAUCAAGCAAAGUGAUGAAAUUAUUCUUUUUAUAGAUGAAGUUCACACUUUAAUUGGGGCAGGAGCUGCUGAAGGUGCAAUUGAUGCAGCAAACAUCUUGAAACCUGCUCUUGCUAGGGGUGAACUGCAGUGUAUUGGUGCUACAACACUAGAUGAGUACCGGAAGCACAUUGAGAAAGACCCAGCUCUAGAAAGACGAUUCCAACCUGUUAGAGUGCCUGAACCAACAGUUGAUGAAACCAUAUUGAUUUUGAGAGGCCUUCGAGAAAGAUAUGAGAUUCAUCACAAGCUUCAUUAUACAGAUGAAGCCCUUGUAGCUGCAGCUCAGCUGUCAUAUCAAUACAUCAGUGAUCGCUUCUUACCUGAUAAAGCAAUUGACUUGAUUGAUGAGGCUGGUUCUCGAGUUCGGCUACGUCAUGCACAGCUUCCUGAGGAAGCAAAAGAACUUGAGAAAGAGCUAAGACAGAUCACAAAAGAGAAGAAUGAGGCAGUUCGGGGCCAAGACUUUGAAAAGGCUGGUGAACUACGAGACCGAGAAAUGGACCUCAAGGCUCAAAUUUCAGCUCUUGUUGAGAAAGGGAAAGAGAAGAGCAAGGCAGAAACUGAAGCAGGGGACGUAGGUCCUCUUGUGACAGAAGCAGAUAUUCAACACAUUGUUUCAUCUUGGACUGGUAUUCCAGUCGAGAAGGUAUCAAGUGAUGAAUCUGAUCGCCUCCUCAAAAUGGAGGAGACCCUCCAUAAGAGGGUCAUUGGACAGGAUGAAGCCGUCAAAGCCAUCAGCAGAGCUAUUCGCCGUGCCCGGGUUGGACUCAAAAACCCUAACCGCCCGAUUGCCAGCUUCAUAUUUUCCGGUCCUACAGGGGUGGGAAAGUCGGAGCUUGCCAAGGCUCUGGCUGCCUACUACUUUGGCUCAGAAGAAGCUAUGAUCCGACUUGAUAUGAGCGAGUUCAUGGAGAGACAUACUGUGUCCAAGCUUAUUGGUUCGCCCCCUGGUUAUGUUGGCUACACAGAGGGAGGUCAGCUGACUGAAGCUGUCCGACGGCGGCCAUACACAGUGGUUCUCUUUGAUGAAAUAGAGAAGGCUCACCCUGAUGUCUUCAACAUGAUGCUUCAGAUUCUUGAGGAUGGUCGGUUAACCGAUAGUAAGGGUCGGACUGUGGAUUUCAAGAACACCCUUCUCAUAAUGACAUCCAAUGUCGGAAGUAGUGUGAUUGAAAAGGGGGGUCGACGGAUAGGAUUUGAUCUGGAUUACGAUGAGAAGGACAGCAGUUAUAAUAGAAUCAAGAGCCUGGUAACCGAAGAACUGAAACAGUACUUCCGGCCAGAGUUUCUCAACAGGUUGGAUGAGAUGAUUGUGUUCAGGCAGCUCACAAAGCUGGAGGUGAAGGAUAUAGCUGAUAUAAUGCUAAAGGAGGUGUUUGACAGGCUGAAGGCCAAGGAAAUCGAACUUCAAGUCACCGAGAGGUUUCGGGAUCGGGUAGUUGACGAGGGGUACAGCCCGAGCUACGGAGCGAGACCAUUGAGGAGGGCAAUUAUGAGGCUGUUGGAGGACAGUAUGGCCGAGAAGAUGCUCGCUAGAGAGAUCAAGGAGGGAGACUCCAUUAUUGUCGAUGUUGACACUGAUGGAAAUGUGACGGUGCUCAAUGGGAGCACGAGUGCACCUGAGCCGUUGCCUCCUGCCAUUCCCGUGUAAAAUCUAUAAUACCCAUAUGAACUUGUUACUGGUAUAGUGGUAUGUAUGUACUAUGUACGCUUAAAUUUAGACACGGUUUAUUUCUAGAA